UCAGUCCGCGCAGGGUCCUGGGGCCUGAGUCCGCCUCUGCCAUGGCCUCCAAACAAGCCAAAAAGAGAGAAGUGCAUCGUAUCAAUUCGGCGCACGGAUCGGAUAAAUCUAAAGAUCAGUACCUUUUUGGCGGUAAUGUGCAACCUGGCUCCGUUGAGCAGAAGAAGGGGAAGUUCCCGAUCUGGCCAGAAUGGAAUGAAGCCGACAUAAAUGCAGAAAAGUGGGAUGCAGGCAAAGGCGGAAAAGAAAAGGAUAAAAUGGGAAAAAGCCCUGUAUUUCAUUUUUUUGAAGACCCUGAAGGAAAGAUUGAAUUGCCACCAUCGUUGAAAAUUUAUUCCUGGAAGCGUCCACAGGAUUUUUUAUUUAAUCGGACUCCAGUAGUUGUGAAAAAUGAAAUCCUGUUUGACUUGUUUUCAGCAAAUGAACAUUUACUCUGCAGUGAGCUGAUGAGAUGGAUUAUCAGUGAAAUCUAUUCAGUGUGGAAGAUAUUCAAUGGAGGCAUUUUGAACAAUUAUUUCAAAGGGACCACAGGGGAGCCUCCUUGUCUUGCCUGGAAGCCCUGGGAACACAUCUACUCUCUGUGCAAGGCUGUGAAAGGUCACAUGCCCUUAUUCAAUAGCUACGGAAAGUAUGUUGUGAAACUUUACUGGAUGGGUUGUUGGAGAAAGAUAACUAUUGAUGACUUUCUGCCUUUUGAUGAAGACAACAAUCUAUUGCUUCCGGCCACAACAUAUGACUUUGAACUCUGGCCAAUGCUUUUGUGUAAAGCUAUCAUUAAGCUGGCAAAUGUUGACAUCCAUGUAGCCGAGAGGAGAGAAUUAGGGGAGUUCACGGUGAUUCAUGCGCUUACCGGAUGGUUACCAGAAGUGAUUCCUCUCCACCCAGGAUAUACGGACAAAGUUUGGGAGCUCUUGAAAGAAAUAUUGCCUGAGUUUAAGCUGUCAGAUGAGUCCAGCUCUGAAAGCAAAACAACUGUUGUAGAUACCAAAUUAAAAGAGGCAGGGAAAGAAGUGAAGAAUGGCAAAGAAAUGAAAGAUGGCAAAGAAUUCAAACUUGACACUUCAGUGACAGCAUUAAAGGCACCUGAGAAAAGUGACAAAGUUCCAAAGGAAAAAGCAGAUGCAAAAGACCUUGGGAAGAAGAAGAGUAAAAAUGGAGACAAAGAAAAGGAAAAGGAAAAAUUCAAAUGGUCACUUCAUGGUUCAAGACCCUCAUCAGAUGUACAAUACUCGCUGCAGUCUCUGUCAGAUUGUUCUUCAGCAACACAGUCUGCUCACAUGGUUGUAUAUGCUACCUUUACACCCCUCUAUUUGUUUGAAAGGAAGAUCUUUUCGUUAGAAAAAGUGGCUGAUUCUGCUGAGAAGCUGAGAGAAUAUGGACUUUCCCAUAUCUGUAGCCAUCCUGUGCUGGUGACUAGAACUAGGUCUUGCCCUCUCAUAGCACCUCCAAAGCCACCUCCCAUACCUGCCUGGAAAAUCUUUCGUCAAAAAAAGGAAACUGUUAUAACAGAUGAAGCUCAAGAAACAAUAAUAAAGAAGCCCGAACAGUUUCUUGAAAUUUCAAGUCCGUUUUUGAAUUAUAGGAUGAAUCCGUUUACAAUUCCAACAGAAACUCAUUUUGUACAAUAUUUUAUCAAGAAAGGGGUACCUCCAGGAUCUGGUUUAUCUUCCCUUACUGAAAAUGAUGAAACCAUCACCUUUAGCCAGCCAGACUUAAUUCAGUUGACAGGAACGGUAUCUCAGGGAAACAUUACUUCACAAGUUACACCUGGAAAAGAAGAGCUAACAGAACUUGGAUUAAAUGACACAGCUCAUCAAGGUGAAGGACUUAGUUUGGAAAGAGAUUUAGUCAGCCAGACGACAGCAACACAGGAAAAAUCACAGGAGGACCUCCCAACAAUAAAUAAUAGCGUUUCUAAAGAAAUAUGGUUAGAUUUUGAAGACUUCUGUGUAUGCUUUCAGAAUAUAUAUAUUUUUCACAAACCAAGUUCAUAUUGCCUUAACUUUCAAAAAACAGAAUUCAAGUUCUCAGAUGAACGUGUGUCCUACUAUCUGUUUGUGGAUAGUCUGAAACCCAUUGAACUGCUGGUUUGCUUUUCUGCACUGGUACGAUGGGGAGAAUCUGGAGCUUUAACAAAAGACAGCCCCCACGUAGGGCCUGGACUGCUUACAGCGGAACCCCUUUCCUGGAAAUCUCUGAAGCCACGAGAUCUUGUUCUGAAGAUUCAUACGUAUGCCACCAAGGCUGCGGUGGUCCGGCUGCCUGUUGGGAGACAUAUGCUUCUCUUCACCGCAUACUCCCCCGUGGGGCAUUCCAUACACAUCUGCAGCAUGGUGACUUUUGUCACUGGGGACGAAGAUGUCGUGCUACCCAACUUUGAGCCGGAGAGCUACCGAUUCACAGAGCAGUCUCUAACAAUUUUGAAAGCUGUUGGAAAUGUGAUUGCUGGUUUCAAAGAUAAGGCUAAACUUCCUGUGGCUCUGAAGGAUUUACAAACAGCUCACUACCCUAUUCCCCUCCACAAUAAAGAACUAACAGCACAACACUUCAGGGUUUUUCAUAUUUCUUUAUGGCGCUUAAUGAAAAAAACUCAACUAACAAAACCUCCUCCCAAUUUUAAAUUUGCCUUUCGUGCUUUGGUUCUGGAUUUAGAGUUACUUGAUUCCUCCAUGGAAGAGGCUUCUUUAGCGGAAUGGGUGGACGUGAAAUAUUCUGUACCCAUAAGUGAUAAAGAAUAUUCUCCUGAGGAAGUAGCAGCAGCGAUUAAAAUUCAAGCCAUGUGGAGAGGGACUUAUGUCAGAUUACUUAUGAAAGCUAGAACACCAGACACAAAGGAAAAUACCAGCGUUGCAGAUAUGCUUCAGAGAGUUUGGGCUAUAUUGGAGCUGAAUAUAGAACAGUAUGCAAUUUCUCUCUUAAGACUAAUGUUUAAAAGCAAGUGCAAGUCUGUUGAAUCUUAUCCAUGCUAUCAAGAUGAAGAAACUAAGAUUUCUUUUGCCGACUAUACUGUGACGUAUGCAGACCAGCCACCAAAUAGUUGGUUUAUAGUAUUCAGAGAAACAUUUUUGUUUCCUCAAGAUAUGAUCUUGCUUCCCAAAGUAUAUACCACGCUUCCAGUCUGCAUGCUCCACGUUGUUAACAAUGACACAAUGGAACAAGUGCCAAAAGUGUUCCAAAAAGUGGUGCCUUAUCAUUACACAAGGAAUAAGAAAGGCUACACAUUCGUGGCUGAAGCAUUUACUGGUGACACAUAUGUAUUGUCCUCACGUUGGAAACUGCGCCUCAUUGGUUCUUAUAACCCGCUCCCAUGCCUGUCUCGAGACUCUCCAAACAAUACCUUCACCAUAAAGGAAAUCAGGGAUUACUAUAUACCCAAUGACAAGAAAAUUUUAUUCAGGUAUUCAGUUAAAGUUGCUUCACCACAUCCUGUUACAGUGCAGGUACGGACGUCCAAAUCAGAUGCAUUCAUCAAGCUACAGGUCUUAGAAAAUGAGGAAACUAUUGUCAGCUCCAUUGGGAAAGGCCAGGCUAUAAUUCCAGCAAUUAACUUCUUGGGGAGUGAAAAAGUUGUGAGCCCCCAGUCUAGCAAGCAAAUUCUUGCAGUGCAGACUUCAUCCAAGAAGGAGCAAGAAUUGUACACUAAGAAGAAAUCCACCCAGGGAAGUCAGAAAUCCUAUAAGGGUAGAACUGUAAGUGCAACAGUAGACACUGGUCAGCCUAUUUUGGACGAGGAACCUAUCAGUAUGCCCACCAUAGAAGAAAAUGCUAGCAUGCCACAGCAGGUUAACAAGUACAUUAUACAGUGUUUGGUGUUGUAUAACAGUUGGCCUCUCACCGAAAGUCAGAUGGCGUUUGUUCAAGCACUAAAAGAAAUGGAGAAAAAUGAUAGCAAAGUUCAUGGAGAGAAACAUGAGGAAUUAAUUACCUUAGGAAGCCCAGAUUCCCAUACUAUUAGUGAGGGGCAAAAAUCUUCAGGAACUUCCAAAACAAGAAAAGGCAAAGAGAGGUCCUCUGAGAAAGAAAAGUUAGCCAAAGAAAAACAAGCACCUCGCUUUGAGCCUCAGAUGUCCACUUUUCACCCUCAACAAGAAGACCCAAAUAAACCCUACUGGAUUUUGAGGCUGGUCACCGAGCACAACGAAGCAGACAGUUUCGAACUGAAAAAAGAUACCGAACGAGCAGAUGAAAUCCGAGCCAUGAAGCAAGCCUGGGAGAUGACUGAGCCUGGAAGGGCUAUCAAGGCUUCCCAGGCUCGCCUGCAUUACCUCAGCCGGUUCAUUAGGAAAAUUCCGGACGCUGAGAGUGUGCCUAUGUCUGAAAGCCAAACUAAAGCACCAGAGGACGAGAUGAAACCGGAAAUAAGAAUGCAACAUAGUUCAAAGGUAGCAGUGUGUAAACUUGAAGUUGAAACAUCUUCAAGUGCCAUAAAAGAGCCAGACGCAAAGGGUUCCAUGAGUUCAGAGAGCAAAGAUAUCCCGCCGUUGGGGAGUAUGCUGUGGAAGAAGUGGCAGAUGACCAGGGGCUUGAAGGACUGGUCAAAACUGGUGAGCAGCGAAAUUGGAGGAACGUCUCCAGCAGGGAAGGAGGAACAGACUGUGCGGAAGGAAAAUAUCAGGCCUCGUUCGCGAUCCCCAACAAUUUUGGAAAUGUCUCCACAACUUAUUCGAAAAGCACUAGAAUGUGUAGACAUAACACAAUAUGUACGAAAAACAAGAGACGCUGAUCCUGUGCUACAAACAGAGGAUCUGAACCAGCAGCAGGCAAUGCAAAAGGCAGAAGAGGUUCACCAGUUCCGACAGUAUAGGACCAGAGUACUCAGCAUUCGAGACAUUGAGCAAGAGGAACAGCUUAAAAUAAAGGAUAAAAUCCUGGAGAUGUAUGGGGAAAUGCGGGACUCCUUAGAUGAAGCCCGGCAGAAGAUCUUCAGUGUCCGGGAAGAGUAUAGAAAGAAGUUGCUGGAAGCUGAGCGCCUAAGAUUGGAAGCUCUGGCUGCGGACGAAGCAGCAAGUCGCACGGAGACAGAAAAGAAGACGCCGGUUCCUGACACACGGGAAAAGAAGAAAGGAAAGAAGAAGUAACCAGAAGGAGCCCAAAACUCACCUUCUUCUGAAGAGGAAAAUCCCUUUAUUUUAUUUUUAGUGAUCUAUAACCUUUCCUGUUGAUAAGGUAUUAGGCCAAUAGAAAAUAGAAGUUUUCCUUCUCAGAACUAGUUUCUGCAUUUAUGGUUCAUUUGUUGUUGUUGUUGUUUUCCCAGAAACCUAUUAUUUGAGUAAUCGUUAGAGUUUAGGUUUCUCUAAUUUCAAUAAAAAUUGCCUCAACAUAUUUAGAAUGAAUAAAAUGUACGUGUCUCCCUCUGAAUUGCUGCAUUUUCAGCAAGUAGUAAAACAAGAUCAGAAAUGGGCUAACAGGAUUGCAUUUGAAAAAUUCAACGAUGAGGAAAAUAGCCACGGCUCUUACAGGAAAUUUUGUUUCUAACUUGAAAGACUUUAAAAUAUUUUUAAAAUAUGCUUCAGUCUUGUGCUUUUUUUUUUUUUUUUUUUAAACUGAACUUCCAAAAACGUCCUUCAUUGGGCAAAAUCUGUUGUGGGUUAAGCUCACAGCAGUUAAGCGCGAACUCUGAAUCCUCACAGGCCAGGUCACCCAGACUUAGGGAGUGUGAUCGCAGACACAUCCCUUGUCAUGUGUCCCAGCCUCGUGUUUUUUGUAAGACCCAGAACAUGUUCUUGUACACCAGUUAUAGAAAACUGCAGUGAGUGCAUUCACCGAGGCACGUGAUAGGAAAUGAACUGCUCCCAAGAGCACACUUUGAAUUCAUGACUUUCUCAGAUGAAAUCUCCCAACAGUAUUUUUUAAUCAGUCAUAGCUUUUCCACUUUGAUAGGUGUUCUUCCUUUUUUCAUUUAUUUAAAUCUUUAGUAUUAAAAUGUUCAGCUCUCUCUCUAUACAUACAUAUGCAGUUUUACUUAAAUGUGCAAGCACAUGCAUUUUCUCUCUAUUAUUCUUUGCCUAAACUCGCCUUCAUGACCCUAUGCUUUGCCAGCCCCACGGAAUAAUAUAUGAUAACAACCUGGUAUAAAUGUUUCCAUGUUUGUCAUUCAUCUCAUAUAAUCACACAUCAAUAUUUUAUAUUAUAUCAUGGCCUAUUUUUACAAAAUGGCAUUUUAUUUUACAUGCUUCACCAUAUCUUGAUUUUUCUCCCCAAGCAAUACAAAACCUCUUUGAGACAAAAGUAAUUCAUUCUGUUUUAAAACCUUUUUUUAACAUUUGUUUGCUUAUUUUUGAGAGAGAGCAUGAGCGAGGGAGGGACAGAGAGUGGGAGACAGAGGAUCCACAGUGGGCCCUGCGCUGACAUCAGUGAACCCAAUGCAGGACUCAAACCCACGAACCGUGAGAUCAUGACCUGAGCCAAAGUUGGACACUCAACUGACUGAGCGACCCAGGUGCCCCAGUAAUUCAUUCUUUUUGAUUGUUGUGAAAUAUUCCCUGGCACAAAUAUAUCAUAAUCGACUCAGCUAAUUCUUCUUUGAAGGAUAUUUACUUUGUUUCCAGAUCUUUUCCAUACAAGAAAAAGUGGUAAAAACAGAAACGAGGUAGCAUGAUGGUAGAUUUAACAAAUUAUUUCCUAAUAAAUAGAAAAGAAAUAUAAAGCCUGUCCUUUAAAAGGAAGGAAAAACGAAGGAAAUUAUUUUGUAAUAAGACAUUAUACAUAUUACUGUAUACAAGUUCGGAGUGACUACACUGGAAGCACAUGGGACACAGGACACGAGGUGCAAUGUUCAUUCCUAUGCUUGGAAUCACUGACAACGCAGUAGAUACAAAUGCACGCAGACUGACUUACAGGUGGUUUGUAAUUGUCACUCAAAUUUUUGGAAUGGGGUUGCCAUUGGUGAUACAUUUUCCAAAAUGGUGAACAAGCUUGGUAAAUUUUCAAAGAUAACCAUGCCCUUAGUGUAUGCAACUGCUGCAUCCGUGAAAUAUUCAGUGAACUUUAAAUCUGUGCAAAAAAUACCUUUGCUUUAUGUAUCUUACAGAAUUAGGUUCUCGGGUCAUUAUCUUACCUUUAGACUAUGUGAAUGAUGGGCCAUUCAAAUCAUAUAGAGGUAAGAGAAUUCUCUGUUGUAUGUGACUCUUUCAAAUGUUGAGGGAUAGCUAACAUCCUUAGCCUUCAGUCAGUAAAUAGUAAUUCUCUACCGUUAUUGGGACAACCCAAAAUGCCCCCACAUAUUUCCUAAAUAUUCUCCCCACUGAGAUCAUCUCCAUAUAGAAGAUCAGUAAAUAUUAAUGAGAAGCUGAAGAUAGUAAUGUCUGUGGAUCUUAGUUAAUAAGUAACUCCAUUAGAAUACAUAGCUAGAUAAGUACCCUCCAUUGUGUUGAUCGAGUUAACCAGGGUAUAGAUACAAAACAUCUCAUAGUUCCUACAAUCCUUAGAUCAUUGUCUUUGACACAUGUAUGGCCUCUCAUUCAGUUUCUUUCUCCAUAUUCUCCUGCCAUCUACCUCUUUCUAUGCCCUCAAGUACUUUAAGGUCAAUCCUCCUCCCCCUAUCUCAGGGGCUCUUGUAAGAGCAGAGAAAACAAUUUUCUCUUCUGCUGCAGUCACAGGCCUGCCUCUGAGUCAAUAGUAAUAAUCCCCAGGGUGCAACUCUAGUGAUUAUGAAACAUCGUUACAAGAGCAGUUUAACACCUCAGGGUCUCCAACACCUCCACCGAAGAAUAGGAUUGUGGCUUUCCCUUUUGCAAAAUCACAGUGUGCAUUACAGUGUUUCCUGAAAUGUAACAAAGGACGGUCUUCAUUUAAAUGGAUCAGAAAAUUGCUGACAACUUCCAUAAACUUUUAACUAGCUUUUAGAAAUCAAGUUUGCAAAAACAAAAAACACUGACUUCUGGUCUCUGAGCCCUCUGUUACAUAUAGACUAUUCUUACACGUUAAAAAAAAUGUUGCACGAUAUUCUGACACUCGUUAAUUGAUGUUUACCUUGUGUCUCAGUUUUGUUCAAAAGAAACCCUAGCCAUCCACUGCCUCUUGGAAAAUGGAAAGUAGUGGGGGAAGUGACAAGAAGAGCCAUGUAUAAGGGAAUUGCCUCCGAGAAGAAACUGUGUGCCCUGGGCCAUACUCCAGGUGGGAGCAUUCAUAACAGACCAAUGAAAGUUUUCGAUGGCCUUCACAGAACAUUUCUGAAAUUAACAUUAUGAAAGAAACUUGUUUUAAGCUGGUGCAACAUUUUUUGUCGAGUCAACUAUGAAACAGUCUAUUUAUCUUGGUUUAGAUAAAAUAGUUUCCAACCACAGGUGUGUUUUCACGGAAUCGUUUCAUUCCAUAUUGAAGACUUUGCAUGUGCUCAGAACUUUAGGCUAAACAUCCUUGUUUUCGGUACAGGCACAGAGGACAGCAUCAAAGACAGUAUGAUUUAUUUUUUUAAGUGAACCCAUAUAACAAAUUACCAUGUAUAACAAUUUCAAUCCAUAGCUUUAAACAAAUCUAAGUUUAUCCAAAUAAAUCAAGCACUUUUAAUAUGUUUUACUAAUUCUAAAAAAAUCCUUUUCCCAUCUGGCAUAUAAUACAAUGACACUAUUUUCUAUGUUUAUCAAACCAUUGAUUUCAGAAUCACCAAUACAGGUAGCAUAUGAAUAUCUCUUUCAUUCCACUGUGGGUGGUUGACAUAUUUAUAAAGAUAUAAAGAAAAUUUGUAAAAAAUGCUGUUUGCUUUUGUAGAAAAGAUUCCAAAUUACUAUUUUACAUAGAAAAACAUCAGAUAAUAAUAAUAAUAAAAUAAUAAUAAUAAUAUAAAUCAAUAUAGCUCAUUGUUGAAACUGGGCUCAGUUGGUUAAUAUCUCUAUAAUAUUUUACAGGUUUGAAAAGAAAAUUUGCAUGCUAUUUUCACUAAGAAUAUUAGUUUAAACUUGUGCAAAUGGCCAAAAUCAUAUUAGAUACAACCUAAUCAAGAACUAUUUGAUUAAUGAUGAAUUAAUGAUUAUAUUGUUAUACAAUUAAUUAUAUACAAAAUUGUAUGUGUUUUUUUCUGUAGGAACUUUGAAGUUUCCAUGUAUUUUUUCAUGAACUUAGCCAAUUUUUAACUCUGUUACUUCUGGAGUAGCAUGUGCCCAAAGUCUGCAUAUUUUACAACAUAAUGUGUGGAAAACAACUUUCGGCAAACAUAGUUUUGUCUAAGACCAUCAUUGCCAUAGCAAAUCGUCUGAAGCCAUUAACUAUUAAAAUAAGCCAAACCAUAAGAGACUCUUAAAAACUGAGAAUAAACUGAGGGUUGAUGGGGGGCG